AUGGCUGAGUACAAGUUAGAAGUGACAACAGGUGACAUGACAAAUGCAGGAACAUUUGACCACAUAUAUGUCACUUUAAUUGGAACUGGAGGGAAGAGUGAGCAAACUGAGUUGGACAACUAUGGUAUGGAUUUUAAACCUGGGAUGACAUCAAACUACACCGUGAAAACCAGUUCAUCUCUGGGGAAACUUCUGCUGGUCAAAGUGGAGAAAGAUCCUUUUUUAUGUCUCCCAGAAGAUGAGUGGUUCUGCUCCAAAAUAGUGGUGACGACUCCAGAAGGAGAAGCCAUUCUUUUCCCCUGUUACAGAUGGAUCUCCAGGGGAGAACUGGUGGAGCUGAGAGGAGGAAGAGCCACGAAGGUUUUUGAGGACGACCAUCCCCUGUUGACUGACCACAGGAAAAAUGAGCUGAUGCUUAAAAAGACUUUGUACCAGGGUGCUGAGCUCAUGUUUAAGGGGAUGCUUGGAUCCACUGAAAGCUGGGGAAAAAUUGAAGAUAUUAAAAACAUCUUCAGGUCUACAGAGACACCAAUGUCAGAGUAUGUUUCAGAGCACUGGAAGGAAGACGACUUUUAUGGAUCCCAGUUUCUGAACGGAGUCAACCCCAAUGUGAUCAAGCGCUGCUCAGAGCUUCCCCCAAACUUUCCAGUCACAGAUGAGAUGGUAAAGCCGUUCCUGGCAGAGGGAACCUCUCUGCAGAAGGAAAUGGAGGAAGGCAACAUAUUCCUCUGUGACUACAAGGUGUUGGAUGGAUUGCCCACUAAGGUUUAUGAUGGUGAAUCUCUGCACGUGACUCCUGGUUUCAUAAUGUUCUACUUGAAUCCAGAAAACAAACUGAUGCCAUCUGCAAUACAGCUGUAUCAACAACCCUCUGAGCAGAACCCCAUCUUUCUGCCCAGUGACCCAGAGACUGACUGGCUGCUGGCCAAGAUGUUUAUUAAAAAUGCAGACUUGUUACAACAUCAGGCAGUCUAUCACUUCACAAACUCUCAUGGUUUGGCAGAAGUCUUUACUGUUGCCACUCUGCGCUGCUUCCCUGUUAUUCAUCCCCUCUACAAGCUGCUGAUCCCUCAUUUCCGUUAUACUCUCCAAAUUAAUACUGCGGCAAAAAAAAAAAUUUUUGGACCUGAGGGGAUAUUAAGUCAAAGUUCGCUUGGACUCCAGGGGAAUGUAGAGCUCGCGGAAAAGGCUCACUCUAAAUUGACCUACGAUGACCUCUGUCUGCCAGAGAACAUCACUGCACGAGGACUGGAGUCCAUAUCCAACUUCUACUACAGAGAUGAUGGCCUGAAGCUGUGGAACAUAAUCUACAGCUUUGUGAAGGCAACAGUGGAGUACUAUUAUCCCUCAGAAAAUGACGUGCGGAACGACACUGAGCUGCAGGAUUGGAUCAGUGAGAUAUUCACACAUGGCUUCUUAGGAAACACAACCUCAGGGUUUCCAUCAGAGUUUAUGACUGUCGAGGAAGUGAUCAAGUUCAUCACCAUGAUAAUCUUCACAGUGACAGGUCAACAUGCUGCUGUCAAUAAUGGACAGUAUGACUACUACCCCUGGAUCCCCAAUGGCUCGUUCCUGCUACGCAAAGCUCCUCCAACCACUAAGGGGCAGUCAAGCAUGAAGACACUUUUGGAGACCCUUCCAGAUGUUGGACUGACGGGAAAAUUUGCAGCAUUGUCUUGGAUACUUUCAAACAAGUACACUGAUACGGUUCCCAUGGGUUCAUACCCAGAUGAACAAUUCGAUGAGCCUGCCCCUAAGCAGAUGAUUAAGGAAUUUCAAGCAGAGUUGUCUUACCUCAGUGAAGAAAUCACUACAAGAAACUCACAGCUUGAAGUACCCUACACAUAUCUCAACCCUGCUGUUGUGGAGAACAGUAUAACUAUUUAA